ACUACGAUUGUGUGAACAGAACAAGUAAACGCUUGUCAGAACCGGAGGAGGCGGUCAGGAGCAUCAGGGGCCGGUGUGGCUGCCGUGUCGGGCUGAUGACUGCUGCAUCAUAGUUAAAGAGAUAUUUGAGUGAGUGGGCCUACAUGCAGCCUACCCCACCCUCUCCUCCUCCUCUGCUCCUCUCCUCCUCCCUCAGUCUGCUAUUGGUUAGCGCGGGGCAGGGCUCCGGGAUGAUGCUGCUGGUGGUGGCAGGGGAGGAGGGCUGAACUCGGAGCGCACGUCUCCCCCGCUGCGCACACACGCACCGCGAAAGUGAAGUGAAGAUGCUUCUCUCUCCCUCUCCGACCAUCAGUCCAGCCCAGCGUCAAACUGUCCCCUUCCCUGGUUUACGGGGCUCGUCCAGCUCGGAGGAGCAGGCGGCGAGAGGAGGCAGCGGAGCUCCGGAGCGGCGCACAGCCGGUCAGUGUGUCCGUGGAGAGCUACGCGUCGGAAUGGGUGCGCUGACAAAAGGACGUUACCUCUCCACGGCGGGCCUCCUGCUGCUGGUUUAUUGCACCGUGUCCGUGAUCUGUAAAGGUGCCACGGGGGAUGCCCAGCCUGACGCCCCACCCUCGGUGCAGGGCACCCUGCCGCACUUCAUCCAGGAGCCGGAGGACGCCUACAUCGUCAAGAGCAACCCCAUUAAGCUACGCUGUCGAGCUGCACCCGCAUUACAGAUCUUCUUCAAAUGCAACGGGGAAUGGGUUCACCAGAAUGAGCACUUCUCCCAGGAGUAUAAGGACCUCAACACCGGGCUGAAGGUGCGUGAGGUGAUGAUCAAUGUGUCUCGACAGCAAGUGGAGGAUUUUCACGGCCCCGAGGACUACUGGUGUCUCUGCGUGGCCUGGAGCCACCUGGGCACCUCCAAGAGCCGCAAGGCAACCGUCCGCAUCGCCUACCUGAGGAAGAACUUUGAGCAGGACCCCCAGGGGAAGGAGGUGCCAAUCAACGGGAUGAUCGUUCUGCACUGUCGCCCCCCAGAGGGAGUUCCUGUGGCGGAGGUGGAAUGGCUGAAAAACGAGGAGCUGCUGAGCUCCCAGGCGGACGACAACAUCGACACACGCGCGGACCACAACCUCAUCAUCAACGAGGCGCGGCUGUCCGACUCGGGCAACUACACCUGUCUGGCCAGCAACAUCGUGGCCAAGAGACGCAGCGCCACAGCCACUGUGAUCGUCUUCGUGAACGGCGGCUGGUCCCUGUGGACGGAGUGGUCGGCCUGUAAUGUGCCGUGUGGGCGGGGUGUCCAGAAGCGCUCUCGAACCUGCACGAACCCGGCGCCGCUCAACGGCGGGGCUUUCUGCGAGGGCAUGUCUGUGCAGAAGAUCACCUGCAAUGCACUCUGCCCAAUUGACGGCGGCUGGGACGAGUGGACCGUCUGGACCGUGUGCAGCAGCCAGUGUGAGAGGCAGCGGAGUCGCGAGUGCAACUCCCCGGCACCCAGACACCGAGGCAGGAUGUGCGAAGGGAACAGCGAGGCCACGGAGAACUGCACAGAUGGACUGUGUACCCAGAAUCGAAAGCUGCUACAUGACGUUAAACCUCAAAGCAUGGACGGCUCCAACGACGUUGCUCUGUACUCUGGCCUGGGGGCCGGCAUCAUCGCCGUGGCGAUCCUCGUGGUCGCCGUCAUGCUGUACAGGAAGAACCACAGCGAGUACGGCGUGGACGUCAUCGACUCCUCUGCGCUCGCCGGGGGUUUCCAGUCGUUCAAUUUCAAGACUACCAGACAAGGCAACCCGCUGCUCCUCAACUCCUCCAUGCAGCCCGACCUAACAGUGGGACGGACGUACAGCACUCCGCUCUGCUUCCAGGACGGCGCCGACAAAGAGCUCUUCGACCCCCUGCCGGACAUUAAGGUCAAAGUUCAGAGCUCCUUCAUGGUUUCGCUAGGUGUGGCCGAGCGGGCGGAGUUCCACGCCAAAGCCCCCGCCGAGACGUUCCCGCGGGACCUGAGCCGAGACUACUGCAGCACCACGGACGGACGCAAGAAGGGCCUGCUGACACUUAACGGGCCCUUCAGCGCCAGCAAAGAGCUGCUGAGGACCACCGGCGUGUUCGGGCACCCCGGAGGACGUCUGGUGGUGCCAAACACCGGGGUCGGCCUGCUGGUGCCUCACGGAGCCGUGGCUGAAAAUAUGUCCUGGGAGAUGUACAUGGUGAUCAAUCAGGGAGAGACAAGCGUCCAAACACUGGAAGGCUGUGAAAUCCUCCUGGGCCCAGAGGUGACAUACGGUCCUCCGGGUCUGGACCUCUUCUGCCCAGUGGCCAUGACCAUCGCUCACUGCGCCGAGGUGGACGCCGAGAACUGGAACAUCCAGCUCAAGAGGAAAACGCAGGACAGCAAAUGGGAGGACGUCAUGGCGGUGGAGGAGGAGUCCACUUCCUGUUACUGCCUGAUGGACUCGACGAGCUGCCACCUGCUGCUGGACCAGCCGGGCUCGUACGCCCUGGUGGGCGAGCCGCUGACGCAGGCUGCCGUCAAGAGGCUGAAGCUGGCUGUGUUUGGGAGCAUGGAGGCCGGCUCCAUGAGCUACAGCCUGCGGGUGUACUGUGUGGACGACACGCCGCACGCCUUUCAGGGAGUGGUGGCAGCAGAGAAGAGCAGAGGGGGUCAGCUCCUCGAGGAGCCAAAGAUGUUGCCUUUCCUAGCGAACACCUUCAGCCUCCAGGUGUCCAUCCAGGAUGUUCCCCAGUUCCUGUGGAGCAUUAAACCCUUUACCACAUGUCAGGAGUUCUCCUUCCCCCAAGUGUGGUGCAGCAACCAGCAGCCCCUGCACUGUGCCUUCUCUCUGGAGAGAUACAGCCCUGCCACCGCCCAGCUCUCCUGCAAAAUCAGCGUACGCCAGGUCAAAGGCCACGAGCAGAUUCUGCAGGUCUACACGGCUGUGGCCGAGACUGAAAAGGAGUCCGUUCCAUUUUUUAUGCAGACGGACUGCACCAUCACGUCCCAGACGGGGCCCAAGGCCUUCAAAAUCCCCUUGUCCAUCCGCCAGAGGAUCUGUGCCACCUUCGACACUGCCAAUGCCAAGGGCAAGGACUGGCAACUCUUAGCCCAGAAACUCCACUUAGAUCGAAACCUGGGUUAUUUUGCAAAGCAGCAGAGUCCGUCGGCGGUCAUACUGAGCCUGUGGGAGGCUCGCCACCAGGACACUGCUGACCUUGACUCUCUAGCCAGCGCCCUCGAGGAGAUUGGCAAGAUCCACUCCAAAAGCUCCCCCAAGGACCAGGACGAGCCAGAGUCCGACUUCAAUCACAUACAGGCGGGCAGUCUGUGCGGAACGGGGAAACUGACAAAUCAGAAGACGGAGGACUCUGCUGCUCCUGAAUAUACAGGCUGAGCGGGAAAAGAGACCGUGAGAGAGAGAAACACUGACAAACUAAGGCAUAUAUCUGUGUACGUGCACGGCCAGUGAUGGACAACACGCUGUGGACGGAGCGCUGGAAGGUCGUCAGGUUGUCUGUGAGUGGACGGUGCGAGCGGUCAACAUGCCGACCAAUCACAACAGGUCGAGGUGAGCCGGUACCUGCUGUGGAUCCACCAUCCCCCCCUCCUAUCCUCCUAUCGUUUAAGAAUCUGUCCGAGGAUGGACUGCAAAUCUUUUUUCCUGCCUUUCCACUUGAUUUUUUAAGUUAAUGUUUAAUUUAUUUGCUCCUUAUAUGAAGUUAAAUCUUCCCCCUCUGUAUGUUCAUUUUCCCCAGCGUAGAAGGCGAGUGGUGAUGGAGGAGGAGUUGUAGUUUCUGAGUUUGUCUUGGAUGAGACAGGAAGUUCCUUUCUUCCCUCCAGGACUGUCCCUGCCGUCCUCCCCUCGUUUCCCCCAGCACUCCACGCGGCAGCUGGACGUAUUUGCAUAAAAUCUCUUAUAUGCAAAUAAGGAAAUACACCUGUGGCGUCAUUUCUAGUUUCUUUUCCCCCUCGCUCCAACACCAUAUCCCCGUGUCAACGAAUGAAUGAGGACUUAGAAAGCUGCUUUUUUGACGUCCAAUACUAUAUUUUUUAAAAAAGGAAGCUGCUGAUUGCUUAAAUGUUGUGAUUGUGAACUUUCAAAAAGCCAAGUAUCUUUAAAUUCAACCCCAUUUUCCAUCUCCUUUAAAAGAAAAAAUAAGAAUCUAAAAGAUCCUGUCCGUGUAAAAGUUCGGCACCUCAAAUAGACGUGCCGUGUGAUCAUUUACACACAAAAAAAAUCAUUUAAAAAGAUAAAUAAAUUCAGUGUCUGCCAGUGUGAUCUUGAAGGACAACGCGGUCAGGAGGAGGGUGACUUCCCAUGUGAGAUAGAGGGGGGGAAAAAAAAAAAAAAAAAGACGUGGUUGUGGUGUAAUGUGGCAGAGUGAGAUUUCUAACCGUGGCAUUACAGUUCAUUACAGUUUCCUCCAGCGAGAGAUAGAGACGCACGGAGCUGUAAAACAUCAUUUCCUGGCACCGCGGGGAGCGUAUCCCUGCAUCUUAUCGCCCAAUUCCCACCAUUAACAACUGUCAAGUAGACCUUCGUAUCGGGCGCCGACACAGCCAGAUGCCCUCGACCACCUCCAACACACUCGCAGACACACACACACUCUGACAUUUUUAUGGCUCCAGAGGUCAUGUUGCACUCGGACCGGGAGUUUGCAUAUUGUACAACAAACGAGUGUGUGUGUGUGUGUGUGUGUGUGUGUGUGUGUGUGUGUGUGUGUGUGUGUGUGUGUGUGUGUGUGUGUGUGUGUGUGUGUGUGUGUGUGUGUGUCAGAGGGAAAAAGAAGC